GAAAAUUUCAUGUUUCCACUACGAUGAUGUAUACAGAUGUCACUUGUGCUGAGCUGCCUGGUGCACAAGUGUCAUGCCACUUUUGUAAAAUGUAUUAAUGAGGAGCAAUGGAAAACCAAUUUGAAUACACUUCGUAUGGAAUAUGAUGGAGUACCUCAAGGAAUUCAAUGCCAUCAGCCCCAUGAUUUUUGGAAUUUUGAUAGCUUUUGUCACCUUGCAUUGGUGGUACGGCAAAAGAAGAUACAAACUUCCACCUGGCCCCAUCGGUCUGCCUCUUCUUGGAUAUUUACCAUUCAUUGAAAGAAGAUCUUUCGUCUCAUUUACAGAAUUAAGUAAGAAGUAUGGGAAAAUAUACAGUUUGUAUCUCGGGAGAACUUUGACCGUUGUACUCAAUGACCAUAAACUCAUAAAAGAGGCUUUCAGCCAACAAGCACUUUUAGAUCGCCCACCACAUUUUUUUGACUUUCAUCCUGGGGGUUUAGGUUUUGCAGGCGCAAACGGAGAAGAAUGGGUAGAGCAAAGAAGAUUCACUAUGAAGGCUUUGAGGGAAGUUGGACUAGCAAGGAGCGAAUGGGAAAAUUCAUUAAUGAUAGACGUGGAGGAACUCAGAGACUGGCUCAAAACUCAAGAAGGAAAACCUGUAAGUAUCUAUAGAUUCAUUUCCGCAAGUGUCUCCAACUCUAUAACGACUUUGGUCUUUGGGAAACGUCUUCCAGUUGGUGAUCCAUUGAGAAUUCUAGUGGAUAGCGCUGUGGAAUCCGUUUCACGAAUAUAUCGACAGUCUGGAAUCGUCACUUUCUUUCCAACACUAUUAUAUUUAAUUGCUAAGCUUGGCUUCACUCUACAUGGCAAAGAAAGGAAAAUAAUGGUCCGCUUUUACAAUUUCAUGAAAAACGAAAUGGAAGCUCGUAAGAAAGUGUUGGCUAGCGACAGCAGCGGAGCAAUGUUUCUUGAUGGUUAUUUAAAAGAAAUUGAAAGACAUAAACAGAAGAAUAUCAAAAGCACGUUUAAUGAGAAAUUACUAGUGGGCAAUGCUCAAGCUAUUGUUAUUGGAGGCAGUGAAACCACAAGGGCAGCUAUUUUGUGGUUACUGUUGGCCAUGGUCACAUUUCCUGAAGUGCAGAAGAAAGCACAAGAGGAAAUAGACUCAGUCUUAGGAAAAGAUGGAAAAAUCACAUGGAUAGAACGUGCAAAGUUGCCUUACGUCAAUGCGACUAUAAUGGAAGCCCAAAGAUGGCAGUCUGCGGUGUCUUUAAGGCAUAGUGCCAGUGUUGAUGCCAUUGUAGGUGGAUAUGAUAUUCCAAAGGGAACUGAGAUAAUUGCUAAUUUCUGGGCUGUUCAUUAUGAUCCCGAAUACUGGGAAGAACCGGAAAAGUUCAAACCAGAAAGAUUCCUUAUUGAAGAAAGAGAGCUAAGGAAAGUAGAAGUGAUAGUAACAAUAAGAAUAAUAAAAAAUUCGAUUUUUAAAACUUUAAAGCUUACAGAUGUUUAUCAAAAUAAUAUUCUUCUAACAGUGCCAAUGUUAAGUAAUUUGUUGGUUGGAGCUGAUGAAGGUGAAAGUAAAGAUAAAAAUAAUAAAGUAUUGGAUUUCCAAACCUUACAAAUGUUUAUCCUUCUUCCAAUAGUGCCAGUGUUGAUGCCAUUGUAGGUGGAUAUGAUAUUCCAAAGGGAACUGAGAUAAUUGCUAAUUUCUGGGCUGUUCAUUAUGAUCCCGAAUACUGGGAAGAACCGGAAAAGUUCAAACCAGAAAGAUUCCUUAUUGAAGAAAAUGGGAAGUUAACUACGACUAAGCCUGAAAGUUAUAUUCCAUUUUCAGUCG